GGAGGACUGAGAAGACAGCAAAGGAGAGAAGUGUGUGAAGGAGAGUGGGAAGCAAGAGGAUUUAAAUUGGACAUGGGUCUGUGUGCUGUGCUGUUGAUAUGUCUCUCUCAGGCAGAGCUGCCUGUAAUUUGGGCUCAGGAGCAGAAAGAUUUAAUUUAUGGUCAGUCAGCAAGGACUGAUGGAGCUUUAUCAGAUACCCAGAGAACAAGAAGAGACAGAACUGGACCACAAUUGUUGACCAAUGGGCUGUCUAUUGGCACAUUCCCUGACAACACAACACAAGUGGUGGAAGACUCUCAGAGGUACUACUCCUGGUGCAGUUUUGGUCCAGGUGAAAAUCGAACAAAGAAUCUUUGGAUGGAUCUUGAUUCAGCGCAUCUAGGACCUGUCAGAAUGCAUUCUAUCUUAUCUAGCACACACCGUCAAGCAUCGCGAGUGGCACUAACCUUUGACUUCCCUUUCUAUGGACACCAAGUGAGACAAAUCACCAUAGCAACUGGAGGGUUUAUCUUCACUGGAGAUAUAACACAUCGCAUGCUGACAGCAACGCAAUAUAUUGCCCCACUCAUGGCAAACUUUGAUCCAAGUUUUUCUAAAUACUCUACUGUGCGGUAUCUGGACAAUGGUGAUACAUUUGUGGUGCAGUGGGAUAAAGUAAGGCUAAAGGAUCGAGAGACUGAAGGAGCUUUCACUUUCCAGACUGUUCUCUGUCGUAAUGGGACCAUUGUCUUCAACUACAAAGAUGUUCCUUUGCCUGUGGAGAAAAUCAACUCUACAGAGCAUCCAGUAAAAGUAGGACUGUCUGAUGCCUUCAUUGCCCUUCUGUCUUCUCCACAGUCUUCAGAUGCUAAACAAAAGACAAUUUAUGAAUACCAUCGGGUGGAAAUUGACACAACAAAGAUCGUCAAUAACUCAGCAUUUGAGUUUACUCCAUUACCUACCUGCCUCCAGCACACUACCUGCAAGCAAUGUCUCCAGUCAAAUGUCACAUCAGGCUGUGGGUGGUGCAAUACUCUACAAAGGUGUUCAGAUGGAAUUGACCGAUACAGACAAGAAUGGAUGGACCACAAUUGCUUUGAGGAGGCAAAAGGCAAAUGUGAUGACUAUGCUCAUGGAGGCCCACAGAGUUCAAACAGCCCUUUUAGAUUCCCAUCGGCAUCAAUGGCUCCUUCCCCUGUGGCUCGACCUGCCAGUCCCAUGACUGAAGGUGAGGAAGAGGUGCCGGAGCACACAGCCAUCAUUGCUGGUGUAGUGGCAGCUCUGAUUCUUCUCGUGUUCUUGACCCUGUUGGCUGUUUAUUAUAUUAACACACAUCCAACAGUUGCUCCUCCAUUCUACCUCAUGCAGCGCCGUGGAAAUAAUUAUUGGCCCUCCAUGAAAUGGAAUCAAGGAUGUCAUUCCAGCUAUGCUGAAGUUGAUCUCGGGGGUUAUGAAAAAGAAAACUUCAUUGAGGCAGAGCAGUGCUGAUGGUGCAGGACAGUCUUUCAUUCUUUUUUUUUUUCAUUUUUUUGCAGGGGAUGGACUAAGUUUAUGAACAA